CUCCUACAACAUGAAAGUUUCAGAGUAAAGGUUACCAGCGUAUAAUUGCGCGGGUGAUUGCAAAGAAAAUAGUUGUUGAAGUCAUCAUACAAUCAUGGAAUUCUCAAAACCACGUGUAAAUGCCUCAAAAUUACCUUCUCACAGAGGCAGAAAUGUUUGUCUUUUAGGAAAAGUUAAAAAUGUAGCUAAUGAUGGCAAUUCCUUUACACUGACAACAAGUGAUAACCAGGAUGUACGUGUUGUUUUGCAAGAACCUGUAAAUGACUAUGUAGCUGGUUUGACUGAAGUACAUGGUCAGGUGGAUGGACAAAACAACAUACUCUGUCAGAACUAUAUUGUCUUCCCACAGGAAACCUCUGAUAAUUUUGAUAUGGCAGCAUACAAUGAAGCUGUAGAAUUAAUGGUCAGACUUCCACAGAAUUAUGUCCAAGGUGUACAACAGCAGUAACACAGAGCACCACAUAGGGUUAAAAAAGUGAUGUGCAAUAAAACUAUAGAUGUUCAGAAUGAUUAGUUGUAUUCUGAUACUGUACAUGUACAUGAAUUAUGUUAUCAGAUCAAUAGCAAAGGGUAUUUGUUACGAAUUCUGAAGUUUCAGGGUUGAGAUUUCUAGUUAAAAAUUCAUUUUUCAGAGCCAAACGAUUUUGCCAGAAUGCAUUAUAAUAUAUUUCACUUUUUCUUGAACAACUCUUUGAUUGGUGACAUAAUCUGUAUUAUAGGCACAAUUUGUAACUUUUCAUUGUUUGGUUAUUUUUCAUCUUACAGUUAUACAAAUAGACAAACCAGCUGAUAGAUACAACUCGCAAACUAUAUUGUAACAUCAUCAAUUAUGUAAUCUUGUUGUUGACAAUGCUGGUAAUCUGAGAUGUAUUACACACAAAACUGUUUUAUGAAAUAAAAUUAUGUGUACCUUAAUGAA